AUGGCGGAGUACUUGGUGAGGAUAUUCGGAGUGAAAUGUCCUUUCUACUUCAAGAUCGGUGCUUGCAGGCAUGGCGAUCGAUGCUGGAGGCUCCACACCAAGCUCAGCAUCAUCCCAACUCUCCGACAUGUAUCAGCGCCCGGAGAUGAUCGAUCCUCGCAAAAUUCGAGGAUUCUUAUGAAGAUAUGUUUGAGGAGCUGA